AAAGGAUUAUAAUGAAAUUUAUUUUGAAUUAUUGAUAAUUAUGUGGUUCUCAAACCAGAAAUCCUGGAUGACCAGCCAGAUCCGCACACUUCUCAAAGCCCGGGAUGCUGCCUUCAGGUCGGGCGACUGAGUUCUGUACAGGUCUGCUCAACCCGAUCUGAAAGAAGCUAAGACGGACCAUAAAAGUAGCAUAGAGUCCCACCUGUCCAGCAACAACACACGGGGGGUGUGGUUGGGCAUGCAAGACAUCCUAAACCACAGAGGCUGCACUGUGAAAACAGGAAACUUAAGUGCGCCACUGCUGAAGGAGAUAAACACUGGAAGUAGAAGUACUGAGCAUCUCCAUCAUAGUCAGCAUUGGCAGUGAAAACAGCUCAGUUGAUCAUCAUGUGAAUGCAGAGAAGCAGGAAAGGAGGAGGGCUGAAACUGCACGUCAGAGGUGAUUUCACAAUUGUACUGAUGCUGUUGUGUGUAUAAAGAACGAUCAGCAGCUUUCAGCCAGCCAAACGCUGUCUAUACACACGAGGAAGAGAUGGAGACUAUGAAGACUCUGCUGAAGGUUUAUCUGCUGCUGCUGAUCGGACCUCCCUUCACUCUGGAACAAUCAGUGGGCCAGUACAUCACCGAGCUCCAGGUGUCUCUGGAUGAAGCUGAAGAGACGUAUCUUAGCAGUCAAGGUUUCAUCAAAAUCGAUGUUGAUCUGAACAAAGGAGCUGAAGGAAAAUACAUCUACCUUUGGUACAAAAAAGGCAGCAGCUCACCAAUCACCAGGAUUCAGCUUACAUUCAAUGAUGGCAUGAGCAGGGGUCUGAUCACUGCAGGUUACCAGAAGAUUAACAAGAACCUCAAUGCCGGAACAAGCGGAGACUACAUCUACCUGUGGUACUACAGAGGUAACUCAGAGUACGAUGUUCCCAUUGUGAACCUUCAUGUCUCUAUAGGAGCAAGAGAGGAAGCCCAGAUGUUUGCAUUUGGAUAUGAGAGACUGGCCUGUGAUCUGAACCGGAAAGCUAGAGGAAAAUGGAUCUACCUGUGGGUGAAGAGGGAGAGACCAACCUACAUCUGUGACAUCACUGCCAAUGCUGACUAUGAUGGAGAUGCUGACUACUUCCAGAACGGCUACAUCAGAGUGGAUGAAGAUACCAACAGAGGUGCAGGAGGAUCCUUUGUCUUCAUCUGGUACCGUCAGACCACUAACUCUCAAAGAGCCAUCACAGAUCUGAAGAUCUCCACUGAUGAUAUAGACGAGAUGUUGUUUCCGUAUAUGGGCUUUACAAGGGUAACUACUGAUCUAAGCAAGGGGGCAGGAGGAAGUUACGUGUACCUGUGGUACAAGAAAGACUCCGGUCUUCCCAUUCGGGCGGUCUCUAUGAUCGUCAACACAGCAGCUGUGGAGCAGUACAGAUAUCCCAGGGUCUUCAUUAGACAAAGAAACCUCAACAGUGGGAACAAAGGUAAUACGCUGUACCUGACCUUCAGUUCGUUUUAGUAACAGAGCUGGGAAUGCUCACUGGGCAGAAACCAAAGAGUCUAUGGUGUUCCUGUUUAACCAGUUUGAUUGUUUUUCUUUCCUUUCUGAAAUGAUGUUCACCCACUGUGAUCUCAGAUCUUUGACUCCAACAAUGAUCAUUGAUCCUACAAUCAAUCUGUUUGAUUAGCUCUGUCUCACUGCAUUCUGAUGAUUGUCUCUGUUUCAAUAAAGUCUGUUCAGCAUAUGAAA